AUGUUUGGGGACCAGAACAUCUGGGAGCCACCUUCCCCAUCCCCCAAGACCCCUGAACCACCUCGUGCACCACAUCGUGGCAGUGGUCUUCGUACCAGGAAAAACAACCGGAAGCCCAAGGUUGUAGACCAUCAGGACUCCAGCUCCUCGGACGAAUACUCAGAGUUGAAGACAAGGUACUGCGCAAACGAAGAUCUGCCUGAUCCGAGUGCAAAUUGCAACGGACGAGGUGUCAAGGACGUCACCUUCACCACCGCUAGCGGGCCUGCUACUUUCUCCGAGUCCGAGCAGGAUGCGACCGCCUUACAUGACUAUGGCCUCAGCGAGAGGGACAAGGCUCCGAAAGGGGAGGCAUUCGUUGCGUGGCAGUUCCUCAUACGCUACUCUGAGAUGUACGUGGGCAAGGGCAACAGGCCCAGGGUUGCGCCAUAUUUCGAGGAGACGGCCUUGUUUGAGAACCAGCAGUGGGACUUCUUCUAUCUCUUCGAGCCCGACGAGAGGGUAGAAGAUCCAGUCCUUCUCGUGCCAACCCGGCAAUUAAACGCACUUCUCCACAGGAUCAACAAACAGCUCAAGAUCAACCUGACCGUUCCUGGUGGCGGAAACGAGACCAAGUUCUAUCUGCGUUUCGGCGUUUUGGACACACCAGUCCCUCGCUACCUCGGUCGCACAGACGGUUCCGCUUCGUACAAGAAGCUCCUCAGCAGCACGCCGCAGCCCGAGGCAGAAGACGACCUCACGGGACUGACUCAGAUUCAGCGCGAUGAGUUUGCGGAGAUCGUCAAGAAGACCAAGGAGAGUUGGCAGGGGAGUGGCAAAGGCAGGGCCAAGUCGAAGAGGAAGGCGGAGAAGCGUUUCGACGAUCGAAAGCAAUGGGGACGAACCACCAAACGCCUUCAGCGCUAUCUGGGCUUGCGCAACAAGGCGUCUCCUAUCAAGAGCUAUCGAGUGUUCACUGGGCAAGAGCAACUGCCCUUCAAGGAGUGCACGCUCGAUGUCGGUGCCCCAGCCCCUUUCGACCAAGAGGGACAUGUUGUUUUUGUUUGCUUCGAUAUCGAGACCUAUGAGAAGACCCCCGGCCUUGUCACCGAGCUGGGUUUUGCCAUCCUCGACACACAAAAACUCGUCGAUGUUUCACCAGGUGCUGGGGCCAGGAACUGGUUCGAUUUGAUCCAGGGCCGCCACAUUCGUAUCAAGGAGUACUCCUACAUGAGAAACACAGAAUAUGUUGACGGCUGCCCGGACAGCUUCAUGUUUGGAAACUCGGAGUUCGUACCUUUGACCGAGGUCCUUGGGGUAGUUGAGGACAUCAUGUCCCCGAAGUUGGACUCCGGAGAGCUGAGAAAGGUGGUCGUCGUCGGCCACGACGUCAAACAAGACAUCCAGCACCUGAACACCCUCGACUUCGACGUUCAUGCAAUGGAGAACCUCUUGGAAGUCAUCGACAAUCAGAGUCUGCAUCAACACCGAAGCAAGUUCUAUAAUGGCCAGUCUCUCUGCGCCAUUUUGGCGGGCCUCGAUAUUUCAUACCGAUUUCUGCACAAUGCGGGCAAUGAUGCAGUGUACACACUGCAGUCUCUCCUCUGCCUCGCUGUUCUCAAACGACAGGAGAGCCUGGUCAGAGCACUGAAGAAACAAGAAUCACUUGUGACCACGGACCAGAGACCCGAACCCGAGCCCGACGCGGAAGCAGGCUGGAGCACAGGAGGCGAGGACACUGACGGCGGUUAUCCUAGUGCCGCGAAUCCGGGCGCAACGAGCACAUACAAUCAACUCUGA